AUCUGAACUGACCGGACCUGUGUCCAGCUAUGGCAGCUCCUGUGGGACACUGGGACGCUGCCUCCGUGUCAUCUUGCUCAUCUCGUGCCGGGACAUUUCUCUGGCUGCUCCUCGCCCUCGCCAGCCGGGCCUGGAGCUUCAACCUGGAUACGACACACACUCUACAUAAGUUUGGAGACAGAGGCACAUUUUUCGGCUUUUCUCUAGCACUUCACCAACAGCUUACUCCAGAGCCGCAGAGCUGGAUCCUGGUUGGUGCACCACAGGCAGCUGGCCAGGGUUUGCUGCGGGGGAGUCGGCCAGGAGCUCUGUUUAGGUGUCCAAUCACUCCAGAGGAGUACGACUGUGAAAGAGUGGACAUUGACGGAAGCGUGAGUCUGGACAGAGAGAGCAAAGACAACCAGUGGCUGGGUGUUACUGUCAAGAGUCAGGGGAUCGGAGGAAAGGUGGUGACCUGCGCUCACUUAUAUGAGCUCAGGCAACGUGUGAAUCAACCCUCGGAGACUCGCGAUCCCAUCGGACGCUGCUAUGUCCUAAGCGAGGACCUGACAGAGCGAGAUGACCUGGAUGGAGGGGAGUGGAAAUUCUGCGAGGGUCGACCGCAGGGACACGAACAGUUUGGCUUCUGUCAGCAGGGCCUUUCUGUCAGCUUCACCCCAGACAACAGCUUUAUUCUGUUUGGAGCUCCGGGGACAUACAACUGGAAAGGUGAGAUGCGUGUCCAACUCCUAAACCAGACUCUGCUAGACCUCGGUUUCUAUGACGACGGACCGUACGAGGUGGCAGAUCAGAAACAACUCAAUGCUCAGCUCAUCCCUGUGCCUUACCACAGUUACCUGGGCUUUUCUGUAGACUCAGCCUUAGGUAUAAUGAGUCUCAGAGAGCUGACCUUUGUAGCGGGCGCACCGAGGGCUAACCACACAGGGGCGGUGGUGCUGUUGAAGAAGGACAAUGUCUACCGGCUGGUGCCGCAACACAUAUUCUGGGGGGAGGAACUGGCAUCUUCAUUUGGCUACUCGGUAGCGACCACCGAUCUAAACAUGGACGGCUGGACCGACCUGAUUGUUGGCGCUCCAAACUUUUUUGACCGUAAGGCAGAAAUUGGUGGAGCUGUUUAUGUUUAUCUGAACCCAUUUGGUCACUGGGACGAUCACGCGCGGCCAAUCAGACUCAACGGUACAUAUGACUCCAUGUUUGGGAUGACGGUGAACAGUAUUGGAGAUCUGGACCAAGACGGAUAUGGAGAUAUUGCUGUGGGCGCACCGUUUGAUGGAGAUGGCAAAGUCUUCAUCUACAGAGGAUCGGAUUCUGGAAUAGAGACCAAACCUGCUCAGGUGUUGGACGGUCGUGACUUUGAUGUGAAACUUUUUGGAUACUCCAUCUCAGGCGGUCUGGAUAUUGACAAUAACCAAUAUCCCGAUAUUGCAGUUGGCUCUCUGAAUGACUCGGUGGUUCUGUUUCGGUCUCGUCCAGUCAUCCAUGUGAUCAGAGAGAUAUCGAUUGAACCUGAAUACAUUGAUCUGGAGCAGCACAACUGCCAGGGCAGAGACGGAGUUUGCGUGGAGGUCAAGGCAUGCUUCACGUUCACAGCCCAUCCAGAACACUACUCUCCACACAUCACCCUGGUGGUACACUUCGAAGCUGACACAGAGCGCAGGAAGCUGGGCCUCCCACAUCGGGUUCACUUUCUGGGUCGUAGCUCGUUAGAACCCGAGUAUACUCAGGCAGAGGAAGUGGAGCUGCAUCGACAGCGCCACCCUGUGUGCACCAGCGCCGUCUUCCAGCUUCAUGAAAACAUCAGGGACAAACUUCGUCCAAUCUCCCUGGCCAUAACCCACACUAUCAAGGCUGUGCCACCACGCAGGCAUUCAGGAGCCAAGAGGCUGGAGAAGCUGGCACCUGUGCUGAAUGUUUCACCUUCGAAUACUCUACACUCAGAGGUGAACUUCCUGAGAGAAGGAUGCGGCAGUGACAAAAUCUGCCAGAGCAACCUGAAGUUGAGCUACCAGUUUGGAACACGCCCUCUGACCUCUGACCUGUUCACCCCCCUGCCAACAGAUGAAGAUGACGUCCAGGUGUUCUCCUUGUCCGACCAGCGGCUGGUGGUGCUGGAGAUCACAGUCACCAACUUUCCCUCUGACCCCCUCAACCCAGAGGAGGAUGGAGACGACGCUCACGCUGCACAGCUGAAUAUCACUCUUCCAAACACGCUGUCAUACGCCGGCUCCAGGGUCCCAACACAGAUGAGAUGCCAAGCGAAUCAGAACGGUUCCCAGGUAGAGUGCGACCUGGGAAAUCCUGUCAAGAGAAACACCAAGCUGAAGUUCACCAUUAACCUGAGCACGGCAAACAUCACCAUAGAGACCACAGAGUUGACAGCCGAUCUCUUACUGACAACUAUUAGUGAGCAGCCUGACUUGGCUCCAGUCACUGCUUUUGCUAAAGUUGUAAUAGAGCUCCCUCUAUCUGUCAGCGGAGUUGCCCGACCUCAUCAGCUUUUCUUCAGCGGGACAGUGAUGGGAGAGAGUGCUAUGACUAGUCUGGAGGACGUAGGCAGUCCAGUGGAUUUUGAGUUUGUGGUGGCUAAUCCUGGACAGGCUCUGCAGACGCUGGGCUCGGCCUUCCUGAACAUCAUGUGGCCCUAUGAGCUGCCCAACGAGAAAUGGCUCCUGUAUCCAGCAAGCCUGAGGUUCGAGGGUCACCCGGACACACAGUGCACUCCUGCAGAGGCCUUUAAUCCUCUUCAGCUUCAGGGAUCCUCAUCAGCAGGGUUUUUACAGUCUGCCAGGGCUGGAAGAACACGUCGCUCACACCCAGAGGACGAAGGUCAGGUCCCAACUAAAGGCAGCGUAGGACGAGCCACUCCAGCUGUGGCUCCUUCGGAGAGACGGAAGUCGCGCAAACUGGAUUGUCUCCUGGGAUCAGCACGUUGUAUCGUGUUACAAUGUCCCCUUCACAGCUUCUCUGGUCAGGCUGUCCUCAAGGUUCAUGCCAGGCUGUGGAACAGCAGUUUCAUAGAGGAAUUCCCUGCGGUUAGCGCUUUAGAGCUGCUGGUCCACGCCAACAUCACAGUCAAGUCCAGCAUCAAGCACCUGAUUCUCAGAGAUGCUGCUACGCAGGUUGCAGUGAUGAUCUACCCUGAACCUGGUUUGACUGACCAGUACUAUAUCCCCUGGUGGAUCAUCCUCAUAGCUAUACUGGCAGGAAUCCUGCUGCUGACUCUGCUGGUCUGCAUACUGUGGAAGUGUGGCUUCUUCCGACGGGCCCACUACAAAGACAAACUGCCACAGUACCACGCUGUGAAGAUUCCUCGGGAGGACAGGCCACAGUUCCAGACGGAGAAGUCUGGAGUGGUACAUAAAAAGGAAUGGGCCACACACUGGAGUGACGGGACCUCCUAAUUCUGACUGACUGAAUUGAUUGAAAUCGACCGGUGUGGCACUCAUUCUGUUUUUACAUUGGAACUAAUGGACUAAAAAAAUAAAAGCGUACGUACGUCGACUGAGACCAGGAUACCAUGUGCACACUGUACUGCAUCAGUACAUACAGUACACACUGGAUCUGGGAUCUCCCAAACUGCAGCCCACGGAUGGAUUUUCACUUCAUACCAAUGUGUCCAAUGUUUUGAUCUGGUUUUUUGGUAGUGUUUCACAGUCACAGCACUGAUGCUCAAACUAUGGUAACGAGUUUUAACUGGCACAACACAGGAUCACAAGUCACAAGACAUGCAUGAAUGCACAAACCUGCAAUAUUUUGGAAGAUGCAUAAAAGACACAUGCAUAAAUGAUGCGCGCACACGCAACUACACACACGCACUACACACUCGACUGGACAAUAACAAUGAAGGAGCCAUUACCCACAAGAAAAUAUUCAUCUUUGCCUUAAUUACCGCCACACUGCAGGCUGAUACAGGCAUCGACGAAAUGUGUGGUUUUUUUUUUAAAUCAUUUGAAUGUUCGAGGAUUGUCUUUUAGUUAGCACUGAUAAACAGUGGGACUAUGUCAGUAUGUAAGAUAUGUGUAAAGUUUCAGCAGAAAAUUGUUUGUUUCUUUGGGGGGGGGUCAUGCUGAGUGCUCUGGGCUGGCUAAAAAAUGACAUUAAAGAUAAUCUGAUUUUUUUUUUUUUGAGAUAAAAAGGAAGAAAGUUAAACAGAGAACGUCACAUUUUAUCUUGUGCAUUUUUUUUUUUUGUAAAGUCAAAUGUACUGUACAUCAAUAGUCAAAUGCCUGAGCAUACUUGAAUAGGAGGAAUCUGACCAUGCAGUCUUGUUAUAGCAAUGGCUCUUCCAGUGUGCAUGGAAAACCACAAACAGUCAAAGAGCAGUGUGACGAUACAUGGGGAUGUCUGUAAAAGCGGUUGUAAAUUGCUGAACCACACUGUGAGCACUGAAAGGACGGCGUCGCAAAUAUAGGCACUGAAAUGAUUUCUGCCCUAAUUAAACCCACCCAAACUCUAUUCACUAAAUUAUUACGUUGACAAAUUACGUUUUGACUGAGCUGUAAACAUAAUGUCACAACAUUUCAUUGGUAUGGAUUUGUGUAAAAUGUGACUGACUGCAGCACUGUUCUGGUCGAAGUUCAUUCUAACACUGAUGUGAAUAGUUUUAGCACAAGUGCCUUACGCUCAGAGUAAAAAAACAAACAAACCAGAAGCUACUGUGAAAAACAAAAAACAAGGCUACGCCAAAUUACAUCAAACUCCGGGAAAUGACUUGGUGGACACCUGAGGACACAUGGACAACCCCUUCAACGCUGAUACUAUGAGAUGAGGUGAAUUCAUUCAGAUGCUUGAACUGCAGGACUUGAAAUGAGUCAAUAAAGAAGCUGUAACGCAUGAGAA